AUGAAGCCAGGUAACUACCGAUUAUAUCCUCCGGAGAGUAAACUUUUUUUGCAGGCUCUCGAGUCUUGCAUCGAUGCUCUAGCUAUUUAUCAGAACACUUUGGUUAAUUUUAAUGUUCAUGUUUUAAAUGAUAACAACAGUGACAGCAGAAAUAAUAUCAGCGAACAAUUGGAUCGAUUGGAAAUUCUCAGCAAAUUACAGGAGGACAGUUUGUACGUGAGAGAAUUGUUGGAGGAACUAAAGGAAGAAGUAGAAGUGUCAGGGUCUUUUAGUACUCUGAUUAAACUGAUCGAAAAUAAUACCUCGAGGGAAAAUAAUGAAAGGGAUAUUCUUGUUGAUUACGAAAAGGUGCAAGAGGCUGUCAAGAGCUUCCGAAAAACUCUUAAAGAGUUUACGAUCGCGCGGAACCGUGAAAUGGAAGCCUUGAAAGCCGAACUUAUUACUUUGAGGAUGGAGAAGCAGAAACUUGAGUUGAAAAAGGAACUGGAGACGCAGUACGCGAGUGGUUGGGAAAAAGCGCAGUGUGAGCAAAGCUCUCUACGAUGUAGUAUCAUUCUCAAGGGUCUUAACACUUCUCUACAGGAUUGGUUAAUCCGGGGAAAAAACGAGCGUCGAGUUGCAAGGGAGAUCGAGGCUUUUCUCAAACAAAACAUUCUUUUUAAUGAAAAUGCUACUGAACACUGGCAGGAAAAAUACAAUGAAGAGAUAAAAAUGUACGAAACUAAAAAUAAUAAUUUGCGCAACGACAUAGAAGUGAAACUAAAUACACUGGAGAUUCUUGAAGAUAAGUUUAAAAGUAGACAAGAGUUUAUCGAUGCAUAUCUCGGUGAAAAAGAAGCUGCGCGAAUGCAAAAAGAACAUCAAGAUUACAGGAUAAAUUGUUCGAUUAAGAUCCAAUCCUGGUGGCGUGGAGUUAUGGUACGACGAAAGUUGGGACCAUAUCGGUUGGAUGAAAAGAAAAAAAAACGACCUACUAAAAGUAAAAAAUGA